GCGAGGUAGGAUUGAUGUAAGCAAGUCUAGACCACCAGCUCGUGCUCGAAAACAUUGAUGGUCAAGGCCGUAAUUGUUUUGAAUUCAAUUGGACUUGUAGCUUCCGCCCUGUCUAGUCUAGGCAUUGAUUUGGUCCGACAGAAGAUACGUACUGACUGGCUUCCGUAACAACAACAAUAAAGUCGACGUCACCCCUAGUGUCCCAAGAAAAGUCUUUUCCUUUUCGACGUCACCCCUAGUGUCCCAAGAAGCGUCGUUCCUGUCUCUUCCACUAGCCGUAGCAAUUGCUUCACUUCUCCGAGCUGUGUCAAGACCUCGACCACGUUGCAGUUGUUGUGAAGUAGACCAAGAUGGCUCCAUCCAUGUCGAAGCUUGCGGCCGUCGGUGCCGCACUGCUCGUCGGUAGCUGCCGGGCCCAGUCCACGGGAAUGUUUAAAGUGAUCGAAUUGCUGGGCUCAAAGGAGGAUGAAACGAAAAAAAUGAUGCACGAAGACGCCGUGAUUGCGGCUGCCUAUUCCCAGUGGUGCACCGGCGAACAAACUUCGCUCGAAGCGGAAAUUGAGAACUUGGAGGAAAAGGUAAAGAAGGUGACCAUGAGUGAUGUUGAUGUAGAAAAAGAGUUGCCUGCGUGUAUGUAAUCGUAAUUUCCAUCGCACGACUGCAACGUUAAACUUGUUUCUGCGAAAAGGAAAAUAAGUACUUACUUAAAAAAUGAACUUGUAAGCAUCGCCACCAUGAUUAUCAUCAAACUUACACUUGAAAUGCUCUAUUAAUGGAGCUGUUUCAGUUUCUGCUGUUACUUUAUCUUCAGGUCGACAAAUAUGGUGCCCGGUCAGAGUCCGAAGCUGCUAAGCAGAAGGCGUUCACGGAGGAGGCCCAGGCCCUGCGGGCGAAGGUGACGGAAGACCAGAAGACGCUGGCCGACAUUACCGCCGUGCGGGAAAAAGAAGCUGCCGAGGCCAAGGCAACUAUUACGGACUACGCCGAAUCGCUGGACGCGAUCGACCGUGCUAUCCUGACCAUGCAGAGCAAGGUGCAGUCCAUUCCCGCCACGGCGCUGCUGCAGAUGAAGGACCAGCUCGCGGCGGUGCUCACGGGAAGUGCCGCCUCCCCGGCGCGCCAGAUGCGGGCGCUGACGUCGUUUCUCGCCACGACUACCACGUCUCUGGACCAGCAGGAGCCCGGCGUGGCGUACGAACAGGGCAAGGUUUUUAAGGAUGUCAUCCGCCUGCUGCAGCAGCUGGAGGACAAGUUUCAGUCCGAGAAGAACGCCGCGGAAGUCGCCGAACAGAACGCCAUUCACGCUUACACGCAACAGCGCAUGGACCUGGAGCACCAGAUCGAAACCGCGAAUAACGAGGGUAAGUCAACAUGUCGAUAGCUAGGAGUAGGUGUAGGAUUGGGCUAUCUGUAAUAAAUGGAAGCCUCCAGCUCCACUUCUUGAUGCGGUAACUUUGGCGCUUUACUUACAUUCUUCUCUCGUUUCAGUUUUUGUGGUAGUGGUGUGUGUGCGACAACCUGGCAAAGGUAAUCAUAAUAAAGUUCAACAGUCAAGAUGUAGUUGAAAGCCAAAACAAUAGAGUGGGGCUAGGAAACCGAAACCAACGUGUUGUAGAUUUUUUGAAGAGGAAAUAUGCUCUUCCAAGUACAAGUCAAUGUCAAAAAACACAGCCGCUACCAAAGAGCAGGAUGCUGCGGAGGCCGGGCAGGAGAGCGCGCAAGCGGCCGCCGAUCGCGAUGCCGCGGCCGAGGAUUUGAAGAAGACCAAAAAGUCCCUCUCGGACACUAAGCGCGUUUGCAAGCAGAAGGCGGAGCUGGCGGCCCGGCGCGCGCAGGCCAUGCAGGAGGAGCUGGAUGCGAUCGCGCAGUGCGUGGAGGCGCUGGACGCCGUGAAGCACAAGGCCCUGUUUUUGCAGGUGGAAUCCGACAUCAGCAAGGGCGAGAAGGACGCGCUGCUGCAAGCCGCGUCGUUUCUCCAGGUUUUUUCUGCCACGUCCACCGCGGCCGCUACCGCCACCAAAAAGACGAUCAACGUGCAGCGGCUGCACAAGAUGCAGGUGUUUCUGCAGCAGCAGGCCGCGAAGCUGAACAGCCGACUGCUGGCCCAGCUGGAGACGCGGACCGAGGUGGAGCAGAAGCUGAGCGCCAAGGACUCGCCCUUCGACAAGGUGCUCAAGCUGAUCCAGGACCUGAUCCAGCGGCUGGAAACCGAGGCCGCGCAGGAGCAGACGCACAAGGCCUGGUGCGACAGCGAGCUGGCGAAAAACAAGGCCCUGCGCGAGGAGCGCACCGCCAAGGUGGACGGCCACAAGUCCGUGAUCGAGGCGGUCACCGCGGACGUGGAGACGCGCACGGAGGAAAACAAGGAGCUGGACCAGCAGAUCAAGGACCAGAGCGACAAGGUGGCCAGCCUGCAGGCGGACCGGGUGGAGGAAAAAAAAGCCUUCGACGAGGCCGUGAAGGACGCCAAGGAGGUCAUGGAAGCGGUGGAGUACGCCAUCCAGAUCAUGGAGUCCUUCAACACGAAAUCCAUGCUGUUGCAGGUCCGCACGGUCUUCUCCAAGGCCAGUGACAAACUGCAAGAAAACGCGAAGAAGCAGCCGGCCGCGUUGGAUGAUGAGUACACCACUCUGGUUUGAUGAUGUUAUAAUAUAUGCAGCCCAAUAUUUGCUUUUGCCCCAGCGUUCUUGAAAGCGCAACAAGUCGAAGACUUUCUAUAAGUAUAAUGUGUUAUUGAAAGUUCGUGCCGUGCUGUCACUCUCUAGUUUGGUUCGUUGGGAAGCAACAUCGCUGUCCUUGAUAUCGUGAUAUAGAUUCAAAUUUCUUCGUCCAGGCAAUAAAAGCGAACUGGAGCAAACCAGAACCGCAAUCUAUCAGGUACGUCGGUGGGUUUGGGUCGAUUGUGGCCAUGCUGGAAGUGAUCGGCGAGGACACGGAGAAGCAGACGGCGGAGCGCAAGCGCGCCGAGACGGCGGCUAUCGAAGAGUACAACAAGACGCUGACCGACCUGAAAUCUGCGAUCGCGGUGGCGAAGGAGACCAUCAAGCACAACAAAUCCACCAUCCAGAACCAAAUCGCGCGGAAGCAGGCCGAGACUGAGGAUUUGGAAAUGGAAACGGAGUUGCUCAACCAGGCCAUGAAGGAGUACGAGGAGUCCCUGAAACCCUCCUGCAUCAACGCGUCGUCGUUCGAAGAUCGGGUGGCCAAGAGGCAAGAGGAAAUCCAGAGUCUGCAGGAAGCCCUGAAGAUCCUGGAGGGAGCGUAAUCCGAAAAACCUAUCAAGCCGUGUAGACGAGUUGCCUCAUUAAGAGCAGGGCUGCCUAAGAAGAAGGAGGACUUUGGAGAAAGUAGGCGCUACGCUUGUAAUCCGCACGUCGUGAGUGUACCAGAUCAUGGAGGACCCAUGUCAGGUUAAGACAGUGGACGAGAAGCUGUGGGACGAGCUCGAUUACGUUUGUAUGAUUUUCUAUUUCUUGCGAUUGACCAAUCGAUACUAGUAAGUUUAAGUUUUUUUUUUCACGAUCUACCAUGCUGGUGAUGCUAUGAUGGUGGACCUUCAUCUACUGCAUGGACUUGCACUUGUUUUUUUCCAGACUUUCUGCGAGACCAAUCAAGCCACACAACAAUUUUUUUUUCCGAUUUAGAAAUUAUUAUGUUGAACGCCAUCAAUAAAGUCAGUGUGUGUGUGGUUGCACCAAGCAAAACUAUACGUCUGAUCUAGCUGCCACACACGGAGAACCCUCUGGAGUGUAGGCAGGUCGCUGUGGGUGGAAUUAU